GGAGGCCAAAAAUGUGAGAAGCGAAGAGUAGCCUACUAAGAGUUUAGAUGAAAUAUGCCAAGGGAAAGUAAUGGGGACCUUUCCCUACCCGAAGGCUGGGAGAAAGCAAGCGAUUUUGAUGGCAAAAUAUUCUUUAUAGAUCACAUUAACCAUCGAACGACCUGGAUAGACCCCAGAGACAGUUACACGAAGCCUCGGACAUUUGCCGACUGUGUAGGAGAUGAGUUGCCUGUUGGGUGGGAGGAAGCCUACGACCCUAAUGUCGGUGUGUACUACAUCAACCACAUCAACCAGGUGAACCAGCUUGAGGAUCCAAGACAGCAAUGGCGGAAGGAACAAGAACAGAUGCUCAAGGAUUACCUCAUCACGGCACAGGAGGAUCUGGCGGCCAAAAAGGAGAUCUAUGCUGUGAAAGAACAGCGGCUUCGACUGGCGCAGGAUGAGUACCACCACUUGACGGAAACACUUUCGGGUUGGAAGUCCUCCAGAACUAGCUUGAAUUCCAACUCCAGUGUGGGAAGUACAAAAUAUGACCCAGAUCUUCUCAAGUCCGACAUAUGUCUUGCGAAGAAAAGUGUGGCCCGUCUCAAGCGGGAGUUGGAACAGAUCCGGGCUGAAAUGCAAUACAAAGAAAGAGGAGUUGAAACUCUUACUAGGGUGGAUGAGAAGCUGGGUGGUGGAUUGAACAACAGUUACAAUGUGACACAAGCACAGGCGAUUCUUAUGGAGAUACACCAUCUACAACAGAACCUGACCACUGGGCAGAAAGAGAAGAUUGAACUCAUGCAGAGCUUGGCAAGACUGAAAGAGGAGUUCAUGUUCAGCAAGAAUGGCGGCUCGUCUCCGGAUGUCUCGACACUGUCUCUCACUCAUGAGAAGUCCAGCACAGAGUCACAGACUGACUUGAUAGGGGAGUUUUGCCUUAAUCAAAGAAGGAUAUAUGCCGAGAAUACCAGACUACAACUGCAGUACGAUGAGGCAUUAAGAAAACUGAGUGAGUUGAAGCACAAGCUGGCUAAAGUCGAGGACCAGAUGAUACCAGGACAGACAGAGUCCGAUAAAGAUAGACUUCUGCUUCUUCAAGAGAAAGAACAGUUGUUGCGAGAACUGCGAAGUAUAGAUCCUAAAGGACGGAGCGAGGGAGAACUGACGUCGAUCCAGCAGCGCAUUAUUCAGCUGGAGCACGACUUGAACCACCAUCUGGAAAUCUCCAACAAGCAGAUUGCAGAGAGAUUAAAACUGCAGACUGAGAAAGUUUCCAUUAUGCAUCAGUUAUCAGAAACAACGAAACUGACAUCAUACUUGGAGAUGCAGCUGCGCAGUUUGUCUCUAAGCACCCUGUCCAUCUCAUCCGGCUCCAGCCUUGGCUCGCUGGGCUCGCUGUCUGCGAGUAGUCGUGGCUCGCUGAACUCGCUGAGUGCGAUGGACAUCUACAGCCAGUCGGCGAGUGGCAGCGACGUGUCCCUCCAGGACCUGCACCAGCGGGUGGAGAAGCUGCUGCAGGGUCACACGUCUAGCAUGUCUCCCAUCCACGAGAACUCGGUGAACUCAGCUCUGACGUCGCCCGACCUUGCAGCCGCCGCUACCAACAACUACCUUCAGAGCGUCAUGGCCAGCAGCGAGAACGUGUCGUCGUCCGCCAAGUCGGUAUCGUCAACGUCAUCGCUGACGUCGUCUGUGACAUCUCCGGUUUACGACAUGGGGUUGCCGCCCACUUACCGACAACAUAUGAAUGCCGUCGAGAAACAGAAACUGUUCGACAUGGGAGGUAACUUGAACUGGAGUGCGAACACUGUGUUGAACGUUCCGGACACAAACUCUGAACAUGUUUUACCUUCCUGUGUACUCAAUACAAACUGCGAGCAAUCAAAAAUAGUCGAAAAUUCAAUAGUUUCACCGAAUCCAAGGGUAGAUAACUCUAGGACACUCCUGCCUGUGGCCAGUGAAGUUGUUGUUCCUCCGGCGCUCGUUGCCGGGGUUAGUGAAUCAAAUACAUUUAGCAAUAAUACAAAACGUUGUCAGGGCCUGGACGGGGUGGAUACGACAUCGAACCCCCCUCUAAGCCCUAUCAGUGAGAGUAGCUCGGGAGUGUGUAAUAAUUUAUCUGGAGGCAAUACAAGAAGUGUGUCUGCUGCGGUCAGUGAUGAAAGUGUAGCCGGUGAUAGUGGAGUUUUUGAAGCAUCGGUCAAGAGGACUGGUGAUAUUGAUGAAGUAUUAGAAACAAACCUGGAAAGUGCUCAGAUUCAAAUAAAGUUAAAGUAUGAAGGGUUGGAGACUCAACUUGUGAUUGGUUUGGUGCAGGCCAGAAACCUAGCAGCAUUAGCAUUCCCUGAACAUAGCCGAGUGUGUAUUAAAGCAGCCCUUCUGCCUCACAUGAACAUUUCCUGGACUACCAAGUCUUCGAGUGAUUUGUGUUCGCCCAAGUUCGCCGAGAUUUAUCACGUUGCUAUUCCUGAGAACAAACUGUCAUCAAAAACAUUGCAAGUUAAUAUUUGGAGUCUUCUCGACAAUCACGAAGAUGAAUGCCUGGGCUGUGCCCAGGUGAGUUUGGCUGACUUUGAUCCGAAUGAAGUGUCAAUACGCUGGUAUAACGUGCUCAGCUUCAAGUUCAUGCAGUCUGACCUGGGCCUGAACCUGAAGAAGAGCAGUGAAGCUAGUCAGCCGUCCUCCACCAGUACGCUCAGCUCGGACGAUACACGCAACUCAUGCAGUCUCACGCCAUCACAGAAAGAAGGGUCGGAUAAAGUUAAGAAAUUACUGGAAGAAUCAUCAGCUAAAUUACGGAAGUCAUCAUUAGACAAAAUAAAGGAACGAAGUCAUUUCAAGUCUCUCCAUUCUGUUGUGUCAACUGUAAAAGAAGAAAGCAGUGAUGAAUCUACAAUAAUCUCAUCCCAGACGUCUACACUGACUAGAAAUCAAGGACCUGAAGACAUGGAGAGGCACCGCGACAUCAACACGAGUCCUCCGCGGUUUGAGUUUGUCGAGGAUGGCCAGGACGAAGAGGAGGACCUAGAGGAAGAUGAGAAGGACUACAAUGAGAUGAUGCAGGAGGUGUUGGAGGAGCUGGAGAAGAUGGAACAGUCUGACGACCACUUCACUGAGUCUGACGAGUCUCUGCCGAUGAAGACGUGCGAUGCGGGGACCAACACGGAGGGCGAGUUCAUUGUGCGCGAGGUCAAACGCCGGCCGCACCACCACCACCAUAACCACCACAUCCGCAACAGCACCAUCCGCCGCUCACAGACGUUCUCACCCGCCUGCAGACAGGGGCCCGGAUAUGUGUGCAAGCUCAACCGCAGUGACAGUGAUGGCUCGAUGCCGCUCUAUAAACGAGGUCCAUUCCAGAGAAACACGAGAGAACGGACGAGCUUGCGCUGGAAAAACAAGACCUGUGGGGCGGCCUCGUCCGGCCAUCUUCCCAUUCGGACAUCUCUCGACCUGGAGCUGGAUCUGCAGGCGUCUCACACGAAACUCUCACAUCUCAAUGAUGAGAUCACACGCUUGAAAGAACUCAAGCGACACAUGGAAGAAGCCAAAUCAAAAGGUACUACAGAGUUACCAUCUUGGAUAACUGAUGAUGACCAACUUCAGAAAUUCCUGUCGGAGGCUGAAAAACUUACCCAGAAGCAAAAUAUUCAAGGUUUUGUUUCUAAGCAAGACCGACGUGCAGAACACUUGAUGAAGAAAGUCAGGAAAGACGUGUACAAGAUGAGACAGGGGACACAACUGUCCAACGCCAAGUCAUUUAGAGAGAAGAUGGCGUUCUUCACCACUGUAAACAUGAAGGUUCCGGUAAUCCCAGUAGACAAACCCGACGACAGGCUGGAAGAAUUUCUCAAUGAUAAUAGAGUUGGUGAAGAAGUCUGAAUGGACAAUUUCUGUCUUACUUCAGACAGACGAGAAACCCACCACGACGAGUUUUAUCAGCAUGCGCCACAUGGCCCCGCUCACAGAAUAAUGAGAAUGUGCAAUUUGUCAAAUAUGUGCGUGUCCAAAAAAAGAAGAAAAAAAAAAGAAUUUUUGGAUACACUGAUAAAGUCAAUAGCUGACGACUUUAUGAAAUAUAAGAACAAGGUCCUUGUGCCUUGUUCAGCCAACGGUUCAUGCUGUCUCAUCCAGUUCUGACAGUGGAAGACUUGCCCAUGGAUAAACUCAUUCAAAACCAACAAAAAAUGUGAACUUGAAAUUUUCACCAGGAUAAUUGAUGUCGAAGAACGACACAGUUAAUUUUUUGUGAAACCAUUUCAAGAACUGUCACUGCUGAGUACCAGCAGCUACAAAUAGUUGUGACACUGUUUCUUUAUAUAUGACAUCUUAAGAACAAAAUUGCUACAUCAAAUAAUUGUUAGUAUAGAUUUAUAAUAUACUCCUGUUCCAGCCAGUGAUAAAACACUUGAAAGGAACAAACCAAACAAAAGGAUUGUUUUUAAUGAGACACUGGUAUUCACAUAUUUUUUUCUUCCGUUUUUUAUGUUUAUGCUUCAUGCAGACAACUUUCUGUUUUGCAUGGCUUGUAUUUGUUAGUAGGUUUGUUGAUAUUGAAAAGAAAAACUUUUUAUAAAAAAGAAAAAAAACAUUGUUAAUACAGUGAACAAUCUUUAAAAUACUUAUAAAUAUUUUGUUAUGGAGGAAAGCAAGUUGAAACUGGUGAUUCUGGACAGUUUGUGAGCAAGGUGAACUUUUUUUCUUUAUUUUUUCCUGUGAACAAUAUUUGAGCAUAAUUUAUUGACUGUAUAUUGGUGACGUAAUCCCAGUGUUGACUUGACUGAUAGAGUGGAUGGCUUGUUUAGGACGCGAUUCGGACGUCGUGUGAUUCGAACAUCGUGUCAGUGUGUUUCCACAACAGUAAUAAAUGCCGAAAGAAUGUUUUAGGUUUUUUCAAAACAGUAGUAAAUGCUUAAAAGGUUUUCAGAAACACAUAUUACAAAUAAUGUUUUUUAACCUAAAACAUAUAUAUUUUGACUUUAGUGUCAAAUAAAGUGUUUGCCAGGAAUGGCAGGUGAUCACUUGCCUAGAAAGUUUUAAGAGUGGGGCAAAUUGAUCACCUUGCAAUAAAAUGUGAGAGAUUUGUUUUUGUUUAAACUUAGCGUUUCUGGAGAAGACCUUCAUCUUUCCUUGCUCUAUACUUAGCUCUUUUAAGUAUCUAAUAUAAUGUUUUAUUCAACUGUUUAAACUAUUAAAGCUGUCCUAGUAACUCUAAUCAUGUACCAUGCUUAUCUGCUACUAAAACAGGGCAUUACAAUGUACACAUAGUCUUUUAAAGCAAAUCAUAUCUCUUUUUGAAGAAAACUAAAGCUACUUUGUCAAGGCUUGUACUGUUUUUUAGUUUUUUUAACUUUCUAAAACUCUCUCCAUUAUGAUAAUAUACAGAAUAUGUUGUAUAAUAAUAGACAAGUAUUUGUGUAUAUAUAAACUAACCUCGUCUAUCUUUGCAAAUGUAGGAACUGUGAUUUAAUUCUUGGUGAGAAAUUAUUAUGUCAUCAUGUACGGUCAGGUCAGGUCAGGUCAUAGGUUUUAAUGUGCACAUUCAGGGCAAGCUUUAUAGCACACGCCUGUCAUGGGUGCAGGUAUCUACUUAUGCUGGCUCCUGCAUUCAGGACAGGAAAAGGGUUGGGGUGGGUGGGAGAGGGGACCACCCACGCUUGGCAAGUGAAAGAGAGCACAAGCAGCCCGACCAGGGUCGGUAGCGAGCAUUGGUGUUUGUGGUCGGUAGCGAGCAUUGGUGUUUGUGGUCGGUAGCGAGCAUUGGUGUUUGUGGUCGGUAGCGAGCAUUGGUGUUUGUGGUCGGUAGCGAGCAUUGGUGUUUGUGGUCGGUAGCGAGCAUUGGUGUUUGUGGUCGGGAGCGAGCAUUGGUGUUUGUGGUCGGUAGCGAGCAUUGGUGUUUGUGGUGCUAUUGAAUUUUGAAAAUGUCCUGUAGGAUUGAGUCCAAACAUUAAAUAGCAUGUCAGGUCAGGUCAGGUCAGGUCAGGUCAUAGGUUUUAAUGUGCACAUUCAGAGCAAGCUGUUGGCACGUAAGGAACAAUUUGAGUUUUUUAUACCCAAUUAAAACAAAUACCACAAGUAGGAACAUCCAAGACACGAUAGAAAAUUCCAGCCAAUGAUUGGCUGGUGGAUGUUAGGGCCAGUCAGUUGUUAAAGGGAGAAUGCAUAAAAGUCAUGUUAUAGUAUGGGGAAAAAAAUAAGCUGUGUUUUUUUUUUUUUUUUUUUUUUUUUUUUUUUUUUUUAAGAUAUAAAGUGGAAACAGGAAAUUUGCUGACCCAUCACAUAAUUUGAUUGUCCCACCACCCACACCCUUCACCCACUAACACCACAGAAGUAAUAACUGGAACAGCCUUGUAUAGCCUUCUUAGGAUAGUGUGCUUUAGGUAUAAUGAUAAAGUGUCUUCCCAAGAUAGGUUUUCUUUCACCGUUUGAGAUUCUUUUCAAGGCUCAGGGUAUAGGCCUACUGACAUGAGAAGUACAAUAUUUAGGAUUUUUUCGUGCUUUUUAUGUUUGUGUUUGUUCACUUAAUCAGACUCGGCUUAAAUUAAUUUAAAUGUUCAAAUUAGUUUGUUUAUGUUAUAAAAUGAGAAACGUUGGACAGCAAAAGAAAAAAGGUAAUUAAUGUCUUUGUGUACCAAGUCCAGCAAUGGUUUCUUUACUGAUUCCUUUUUUUCAUCUGAUGUUCAUAUUUCUGUCCUAUUUUGGCUGUAUUUCGGAAAAGAAAACCCCUAUAUUUUUUUUUUUUUUUUUUUUUUGUUCAAAUUAUUUGUUUUAUUGCUACCCGAGAAUGGUUACUGUCCUUAAUCUUUGAUGAAAAGCAUUUUUAUCCAGUGUCGUAUUCAUCCCUUGAGUCGUGUCUUCUUAACUUCUGUUGCCGGCCACCUCCACAUCCCAGUCUUUGUCUCUCCAACUACAACAAGUGCUUUGAAUGAUUGAAGUCAUUAGUACGGCAUUGUUCGGUAAUUUGUUGUAUUGAUCAAUAGAGUAGACAAAUCUGCUUUCUUUUGUAUUACAAUUACAGUACAAGUUUUUCAGUCCUUGUGUAACUGUUUGUACGUUUUGUUCAUGAAAAUGGUUUUUCAUGAAUUUGGUGUACAGUACAUGUUCUUUAACAUGCAAAUGUGCUUGCAGUCACACCCAUACCAAAAUGGGGAAUGUGGCCUUGACUAUUAAGAAUUUGUUAAAAGGUGUACAUAUCUUUUAUUUGUUAUUCAAAGAUUUCAAGUUUUUACUCUUUCAGAAUAAUAUGAUUUUGCAUGUGUGAUCUGAUCUGAUUGUAUUAACCUAUUUUAAACAAAUGUUUUCAAAUAAUUUUGGUUAAUUGUUUAAAAAACCUAAUUGGUUAGAACGAAAAGUGAUUUCCUUCUUUUUUUUUAAAUUAAAAACAUUCUGACAAAAAUAUUUUGGUUUCUUCACAUGUAUAAUUUCAAAAUGUACUUGUUUUAUUUAAUCUUUUUUUUUAAUUUGAUGCUGUUAAUCUUGAAAAUAAUACAUCAUCAUCUUAUAGCACUGGGAUAGAUUUAAAUUUGAUUAAAGUUUUGAUCCAGAUACUAUGAUUGUAAGUUAGAAUACUAUUUUUUCUUUUAAGACAAUCGUUUACUUUACUGAUGUUGGCUUGCACAUUUUGUGAGUUGUUCUGUUUUUCUUGAAUUUCAAAAAAAUAUAUUACCCUUGAGUAAUGUUCGAAUAGUAAAGAUUUAUGUUGACCAUUUAACAUUACAAAGUCUCAGUAUCUUUGACAAGUUACUUUUUUAUUGCAUUUUUUUUUUCCCCACAUUGGACUGAUUUUCAAGCAGUUUUUACAUUGUCUUUAAUAUUGUCACGGUAAACUGAUAUGUUAAUUAUUUGGAUGAAUCAUCUUAACUAGAUACUUAGGUAUUGUUUUGUUUCAUUAAUGAAAACCAGAAGUCAUUUGGAAAGAUUUGUUUUAUUAAAUUGUCUUACCUAUAUUUAAUAGCAUUGUUUACAAGGAAAGAUUUUUUUCUUCUAUAUACUGUUGCAGGAAUUCUUAUGCCUGUAUUUGUUAGGGAUUGUUGGGUGCCUUGUUAACCUUUUAAGAUAUUUUAUAAAAUACCGUUCUGACCAGAGAUAUUUCUUAUGACUGCACUUUUAUUCAAUUGCUUUUAACCAAUAUGAAAUUCUUGGAUGGUUAAUUUUUACUGAGGCCAUCCUCAAGUGUGUUUUUUAUGUUAUUUUAGUCAACCAUUUUAGUGGUUGAGUGGUAGUUUGUUAUAAAUAGUAGAACAAAAAUAUAUAUAUAUAUAUAUAUAUAUCAUGGGGGAUAUAAGUGCCUCAGUUCACGAAAAGUAAAGUAUGUUUUUCGAAGAGUGGCCUGGUGACUCAGGUUUUUCCAGACCUGUGUCUAAUCUCCACCCCUCACAUUUAGAAUUUUUGGGGAAUAUUAAGUUCUAAAGGCUGGGUGUUAAAAUAAUGUUACAGUUAAACCAUUUUCGCACAUCAAGUAUCUAGUGACACAUUGUAUUUAAAUAAAACAAAUUGAAUUUCCAUUAUUUAUGUUGAAUAAAAAAACAAAAUGAGGUUCUUAGCCCUUAUUGCUCAUUUGGUAAUCUGAUAGGUAAUAAAUAAGAUGAAGCUGUUACUAACUUUGUAACAGACGAAUGGGGGGAGUUACAUACAGGUAGUAUGUAUUUGUGUCACAACUUUCACUGCCUUCUCAAAGGUGUGGUUAAUUGUAGAUUUCUUCUAUGCUGUUUAUUACGUCUGUAGUCCAUAGACACAGAAUGCUGUAUAUUUUUGUAUAUAUAUUAGAUUAGUACAACUUACUACUUAGCGUGAAAAUGCCAAAGGCAAGUAUAUUAUAUAUAGUACUUCCAUGAUUAACACCGGUAACAUGAGUUGGAUCUGUUUGUUUUGGGAUGUGAUAAGAUGAUUGUAUUGGUUUGGUUUGCCAUGCUGCUUACCUGUGUGGCAUGCUUGAUGCUAGUAGAUUUAACAGGCCAGGUCACUGGGUCAUUGUAACAAGCGAGUCUGUAGAUCAUUGUCAUCAGUUAUACCAGUUCUAAUGUUCAUCAUUUGUCACUUUUGAUAGACUUCAUGUAAAUAUCAUUGUUGAUAGUGUAUAUGAGUGACUAUUUCAUUGUGCACAUGUUACUGUUGAUAGAAAUUGUCUACAUGUCACUACAAAUAGAGAUUGUGUGCAUGUCACUAUAUAUAGAGAUUGUGUGCAUGUCACUAUUGAUUGAGAUUGUGUGUAUGUCACUAUUGAUAAAGAUUGUAUACAUGUCACUAUUGAUAGCGAUAUUAUAAAUGUCACUAUUGAUAGAGAUUGUGUACUUGUGAUUUGAUAAAGGUAUACGUGUCACUAGUGAUAUAUUGUAUACUUAUCGCUAUUGAUAGAGGUUGUAUACAUGUUACUAUGGAUAGAGAUUAUGUAUGUGUCACUAUUAGAUGGUGUAUACGUGUCACUAGUGAUAUAUUGUAUACAUAUCUCUAUUGAUAGAGGUUGUAUACAUGUUACUAAAGAUAGAGAUUAUGUAUGUGUCACUAUUAGAUGGUGUAUAUGUGACUAUUGAUAGAGAUUAUGUGCAUGUCACUAUUGAUAAUGUCAGUGUUAAUGUUGAUGAAAAUAGUGUACGUUUCUGUUGAUACAGUUCAUGUGCACAUCAUUGCUAUUACAUUUCAUGUGCAUUUGUUAAAUUUGUCAAUUUAUGUUUUCCACUCAUGCUAAACUGUUGAUGAGCACAUCACAGCUUUGUUGCCUUCAGUGAGCAAAUUUGUUUAAUCAUUUUCACCCAUGGAUUAAUAUUGAUCUUGCAUGUGCCACUGUUGAUUUCUGUGAACGUUUUGCAUUCAUUUUUCCCUGUUCAAGUUGAAUCAUUUUGAAAGUGAGUUUCCAUUAUCAUUUGUUGUUAUUUGUUCAUGUAUCACUGUUUUUCAUUGACAUCACUGUUUGUACAUUGUUAUCAGCAUGUCACACUCUGUGUGUGUGCGUGCGUGCGUGUGUGUGUAUGUGUGUGUGUGUGUCAUAUGUUUUGUUUAGUCGACUGUUUGAUGGUGUAAGCCGCCAGGUUCCAUUGUACGUUCUGGUUACAUGUAUUCAGUGUAUGGGUGUCAGAUUGUUCACAAGUGUGUGCUGUACAUAGGUAAAUAGUUGUCAUUGUUGUAUGACCCUCAGAUCGUGUGUUGGCGGCACAGACAAACCAGUCGUUUCAUUGUAGCUCAUUAAGGCCCAGUGUUUGUAAAGUUUUUAAUUUUGAGUUUGGACUUAGGCAUGGAUUCUCUUAACAUGAAAGACAUUUGGCUUUGUGUCCACAUUUUGUUUUUUAAAGUAGGAUGGUGUUUCCACUUUGGUAUUUUUCACUAAGUUAAAUUAAUCAAGCAUUUAUUGUUUGGAAAAAGUAUUUUUCACUUUAGUUUCGUUAAAUGUUAAAGUCUAAUAUUAUGGUAAUACUAGAAAACGAAGAAAUAUCUGAAGAAAAAUUUCUUCGUAUUUUGGUGGCAAUAGGAUAAAUAAGUAAAUUAUUUUUACAAUAAAUAUUUUACAUUUUCAUAAAGUUUUAUCUUUUUAACCAGACUAUAUAAAGUAAACAUAUAGUGUCCAUAAAAAGAGUUAUGAAAAUUAAGUUACAUUUUACAAAAAGAAUAAACAAUUAAAACAAAACCAUCAUAGUGUGAAUUUUAACACUUGAAUCAUGUAGAUGGAUCUGACUUACACAUUCAUUACUGAAUAUAUUUGAUAUUGUGUUAACUGAUCAUGUUGAUAUUACAAUUUAAUAUUCAGUACCGAUUUUGUUUCAAAUUAGACUGAUGUAUUGAGUAUGGGCACGGAGAGAAGGUCAUUUUGUUUCAAAUUAGACUGAUGUAUUGAGUAUGGGCACGGAGAGAAGGUCAUUUUGUUGCAAAUUCAUGUCCACACAUUUAUUUUUCAUAAUGAACAUCUGCAUUUUUGAAACGGAUCAAAAGCAAUAAUUUAAUGUGACAUUCUCUUUAUGUUUUCAGUUGAUGAGAAAAUGUUUUUAUCAUUUCCUUACUGUGCCUUCCAGAUAACAUUUGCCAUUUUGUCACCCAUAUAACAACAGGUUUAUCAAAUCAUUUGUUAGUCAGUUGCUGGCUUUUAGAAACCGUACCAAAGACCUCUUAAAAAGAGUAGCUUAUGUGGUCACAGCAAGUAGCACCUACAUGUUUUAGGAUGAACAUUGAUUUCAUGUCUGUGUCCUCGGUUCUAAAUCAGAUAACAUUACAAGUACCUCUUAGAUGCUUGUUACGUGUCUUAUUAAUAUAUACGAGUCGAUUGCUUUUUAAUUAUACAGAGUAAUGGUUUGUUUUGUAUAAUCUGUAUGCUUAACACAAGAAUGUUUUUUUACUUUUAUUAUUCUUAAAUUUACUUGAUAUUAUCAAUUUUCCUGUAUCCAGUGGGGUUUUUUUAUGGGUUUUUUUUUUUUUUUUUUUACAAACAAACUUUGCUGUUCUUUUUAAAUCAGAGAUAUGUAUGGUUUUUAAGUGAUGAUAAUCAAAAUGGAUAAGCCAUAAUUGUAUUCAAAAUCAUCAUAUUUUAGCCUUUUUUCUCUUCCUGGUUUAUUUUGUUCAGUAUGUAAACAUCAAAGUGCUGGCCAGGAGUAAAACGACUAUAAAAUCAACACUGUCCGAUUUAUGUACAUUUUGCUUAAAAUCUGUGCAAAUUUAAAUUUGGUCGUUAUAAAUUAAAUAAUUAUUACAACUUGGGGAAUUGCAUUUAAGCAAACACUAUUGAUAAUUAAUUUAUUUGUGAUAAAUGCAACUCUACCGGUAUAUGCAUGUUUGGAUCUGAAAUAACAACUCCACAACUUACAUUUCACCAUUUUAAAAUGAGCUUGACCUUUUUUUUCCUUCAAAAUGAUAAUGUAACUGUUAACAUGUUAACACUGUUAAUUCAGUAGUUCCUGUAGAUAUUAACUAAUUUCCAAGCUUUUAUUUUUGUCAAUGAUAUAGUUACGAUUGUGAAAUGUCUUGACUAGCAAGAACAUCACAAAUGUGUUGUUUUGACUUGAAGGAUGAUAUUAUGUACAUAGAGCCACAGUAAUCUUGUAAAUAGUCCUGCAGUCUGGGAAUUCGCCUUUUGUAUCUUGUAUAGCUCUUUGUGUAUAGAUAUUUAACACAAGCCCCACGCGAGGUCACUCAGGUCGGCAGAGCACAUUGUUUAAAUUAAAUGUAACAUUUAUAUAUUUUGCAUAAAAUGACGUAUAUUACACAUAAA